AUGGAGGAGGAAUCAUUUCGCAAUUUUACGAUCGUUUCCAACGGCCCGAUAGGGUUCGAAUCUUCCCGUUGCGACGACGUUGACGGUAGCCGAACGACCAAGGAAGCCGGAAACGAUCCACGCCCGUUACCCAACUGCACCGAUGCUGGCACGGAACCGCGGGAAAGGAAAGAGAUUGCCACGCAAACGAUCAGUGCUCCGCGUACGGGCAAAUUUUCGACCUACGACGAAUCCAAGCUGGUCAACUUCAUACGGAAGGUACAUCCGGUAAUGGAGGAAGAGCUAUCCUGUGGCAUGACGCCUCUCUUUGAUCACAAUGACAAUCCGUAUGAACCAUCCGAUCGUUAUCGGGUACACCGCCAUCAGGAGCUUACGGUGAAGAGCUCCCACGAACCGGGGGGUGACCACGUGUUAACCGGUAAACCUUACACAGCAGGAGCCGCAGCUUGGUUGUCCAUUCUAACUCGUGACGCUCCGUUGCUAGUGCUGGCUUGUAGCCCAGCACACGAGGCCUGGUGCGAUCAUUUCGCUUCCGUCGUAACGGUGUUCCGCCCAGUUCGGGAUCGCUACGGUACGUCGGUACAGUGGGUAGAGCUGUGCAGCAAUCCAGUAAAAUCCUGCAUUGAAUCGCUCGAAACGAACCCCUUCAAUCGGGACAUGUUCGCCGGGGGUACCGUAGCGGGGGAUGUCUAUCUUUGGCACUUUGAGACGGAGCGAAAACUCUCGUUUACCGAGCUACAUUCCGAGACGACCGACUGUGGAAAGGUAGUCGAUAUGGCCUGGACGCGGUUCAAUGUCAUGUCGAAGGCCGAUCAUGCCCUACUGUCGGCACACAGCGAUGGAACGGUGAUCCUGUGGCGUGUCGGGAAGAAUAUCACCAAGGACAAGAUCUUUAAACUCGCCUCUACGUCCACACCGGUUGGCCAAGGAAAGGCCAUCAUUUUAACGCGCAUACUGGCCACCUCCAAUAGCGAGUUUGUGGUGGGCUGUGCCGAUGGAUCACUGCUGCUCUGCUCGACCACCCAAUUACUGCCACUGGCCGGUUCAACUGCUACCGUAGGACAAGGUUACGGUGGUGGUAAAUCGAACCACUUUUCACCCGCUACAGUUGAGCUGAAGGGUCACUCGUUUGCCGUUACGAGCUUGCAGAAGAUCGUCAACCGUCGGCAGGAACUGCUCAUAAGCUGUGAUCUGACGGGGGAAGUGUUCUUCCACGAUAUCACGGACACGAUCAACUCCACUCCAACGCUGAUUGUUAAAAUGCCCCUCCCGUUCAAGACACGCAUCGUCUGCACCAACGAUGCGGAGUUUAUCUUCUCGCCGACCGGAAAUGGGCGGCUGGAGUUGUACCGCAUUGGCAGUGGUAAGGUAGACACGAUUGAACCCUCUUUACCACUGACCGGGACACCGAAUCUAAUCAAAAUGACCGCUAAUGGCAAAUGGCUAAUCACAGGCACAUAUGGUGGUACGUUUAUCGUAUAUUCUGUGGCCACGGAUUAUUGAAACGGUUUCGAUGGCACCCCAGUGGAUCACAUUAACAGUAUACCUCACGAACGUAACUGAUUAUGAGAAAGGAAAGGAACUUCCUGAGUAAAAACGCAUACCAAUAAAUGAUUAGCAACAAUU